UUCUUUCUUUCCUUUCAAUAACCUUCUCUCUCUCUCCAACCUCUUCUCACCUUCCACAACUUUAGUUCCUUACAUCUUUUCAUUUAUUUAAUAUCCAAUCUUCAACUGUCAUUUCUCCCCCUCAUCAUUCUAUUUGGAGCCCCACAAAUGGAAGGCCAAGAAGCCCCAUCACCACCUUCACCGUCUUAUCUCUUCAUGCCGGCCCCAUCAUCACUCCCAUCGUCAGCGUUGAACCCUGGAGCAGCUCCAUUCCUGGAGGGUCAUGUUCUUCCAGCUCCAGAUAUUGACUGGGUUAGCCUUCUGUCUGCUGCCCAAUCUGAGAAUGGGUUAAUGAGUAUGGAAGGAGGUUCUGUAGUUAAUAUAGGUGAGGAAGGAAAAGGAAAUAUCGGUAACAAUAAUAAUAAUAAUAAUGAGAAAAGAAAGAUUUGUAGCCGAGUGAAGAAACAUACAAGGCCAAGGUUUGCUUUCCAAACGAGAAGUGCUGAUGAUAUUCUUGAUGAUGGCUACCGCUGGAGAAAAUAUGGACAAAAAGCUGUCAAGAACAGCACUCAUCCCAGGAGCUACUAUCGGUGCACCCACCACACGUGCAACGUGAAGAAGCAAGUGCAAAGGCUGUCGAAGGACACGAGCAUAGUAGUCACAACAUACGAGGGAAUCCAUAACCAUCCCUGUGAGAAGCUCAUGGAAACCCUAACUCCUAUUCUCAAGCAGAUGCAGUUCCUCGCCAGGUUCUAAACAAAUCGAUACCGGAAAGAAGCUUAAUUUUAUCAUUUUCUUUGCAUAUAUACUCCUGUGCUUAAAUAGCUAAUACAUAUAUUCAAUGUUGUGUAAUUAAUGGCUGUUAAUACCAUAAAAUCAAUAAACUUUUUCAUUUUACUUCUUGGAACA